AUGUGGUUACCCGAUCAAUACUUCGCAAACGGCACAGCCAAAUCCAUUCAACCGACGUACUACGCGGGCGGGUUACUGAAGCCUGUGGACCGCACGCUGCGGUACUGGGAGGUGGGCGACAGCUGCUACCGCGUGCCCGUGGCGCCGGGCAGAUACCUCGUGCGCCUCAGCUUCAGCUAUAACAACUUCGAUAACAACUACUACAACCUGUUACCAUUGAAUCUGGACCCGAGCGUGGGCGUGAGCAUUAACGACUAUUUCGUGGAGGUGGUGGGAAUUCAGGGGCUCAACACCACAGCUUACUACACUGACUACAUCGCCUUUUCGCAACCUGUUGAAACUACCGGGGAUGGAGCUGAUAACGGGGAUGGAAGCGCCUCGCAACAGCAGCAUCAGAUUAGCAUAUGCUUUCUCCCGUUUCAAGGAAACCCGUUUGUGAACUCGUUACAAGUGCUCCCGGUGGACACUGACGCGUAUUUCGCAUCCACCACGGGCUCCAACGUGGUGCUCUCCAAUUGGGUGCGCAUCAACGCCGGCGGCGCCGCCAUUGGCCCCGAGCCCAGCGGCACCGACCCGGGGCACCGCACGUGGAAUGCCGACGUGGCGUCGUCCAAGUCGGACCCGUGGGUGAAAGUGGCGGCCACGUCAGCAGCGGAGGUAACGGUCCCCGCGAGCUGGGAAUCGUUCAGCCUGCCGAACGAGUUAUUCACCUCAGCGCGAGUUGCGGGCGGGAAAUCCAAGACCACUGGGUAUAAUUUCACGGGACUCUUCCCCGUGGAUCAAGCUAACGAGUUCAUGGUGUUGCUGUAUUUCGCGGAGAUCGAAGCGGGGGUGGGCGUGGGGGAUCGAGUCAUGGAUGUCUGGGUUAACGGCAAGUGGACGACGAUCGAUAUCGUGGAGCGCGCGGGCGGCGCGAACACUGCGCUGGUGUAUUCCCUCAACCGCGUGAAGCUCGGCGGAGUUCCGAACUCCCCCGAGGGGCAGUGGCUCGCGGUGCUGCUCCGCCCCGCGGGCGGAAAUCUCAAGCUGCGCGCGCCAAUGAUCAGCGGAGUCGAGGUGUACGAGGUGAUUUACGGCGACGACGGCGGAAGCGGCGGCGACGGCGGCGGCGCGACGACCGGCGGAAGCGCCGCCACGGGCGGGGAUACGCAGAUUAGGAUCGACUGCGGCGGGCAGUAUAACUACACGGACUCCCUGGGAUUGGCGUGGUCCGCGGAUUACGGGUAUUCGAGCGGCGCGCCGGCGAUCGUCGUGGACUCCGGAAACGACUUCGAAUUCUCCAAGUCGCUGCGGUAUUUCCCAUCGGCGCGCAUCAACUGCUACGACGUACCGGUCCCUAAGGGCCGGUAUUUAUUCCGCAUGUUCUUCGACUACGGGAAUUAUGACCAGCUGAGCGAGACGCCCACGUUCGGGUUCGGCGUGGAAGGCGCGCCGUUGGUCGCGCUACAGCCGGACGCGCCCGGCGGUUUCCAGGAGGCUGUAGCGUUCGUGGAGGACGGCUCGGCGAGCGUGUGCCUGUACGGACACCGGGAAGGCGGCGCGAAUAGCAACGGCGUAAUGCUGCCGCCGGUGAUUAACUCGUUAGAGAUUCUGCAGGUGAACGAUAUGGCGUAUGAGUCGACGCAGUAUGGGAGAGAUCUGGUGAUGUACGAUUAUUAUAGAGUCAACGCGGGCGGGCAGUCGUUUGGGGAGGGGUUGACGGAGGGGAAGGAGCUGGGGCAUCGGCAGUGGGGAGACGAAACGACGCCGGGUGUAACGCUGAAGUGUAACCCGGGGUGCGAUAACGAGUUUCUGCCGGCGAACGUGGCGACGUUGAAGGGCGUUGACGCGGCGCCGGACGUGAUUCCGUUGGAGCUCGUUAAGACGGCGCGCACGGCGCGCACGCGCACCGUCGCCGGCGACGCGGAUGGGUCGGUCGUGGCGUACAAUCUGACGGCCUUCAUGCCCGGGGAGGGCCUCGCGAUCUUCCUGCGAUUCGCGGAGCUGCGCGCCGGCGUGAAGGCCGGUCAGCGCGUGUUCUCCGUCUACUUGAACGGCCAGCCGGUUCCGGCCGGCAAGGGGAUCGACCUGGCCGGAAAAGUGGGGCCGUUUGCGCUGUUUUCGCUGAACUUGCCGUACCAGCUGGCGCCAGAAGCUUCGUGGGUGUUGCUGGAGCUGCGCGCCGAUAAGGGAUCGGCCCUGGCGCCGGUUAUCAGCGGCGUGGAGGUGUACGGGCUCAUGGAACGAGGGCCCGCCGUCAGCGACGCGACUCUGGCCGCAAUGACGGAGAUCAAGCGCGCGCUGCAGGUUCCCGAGUCGCUGAGCUGGCAGGGGCACCCGUGCUUCCCGCUCGCGUGGACAGGUGUCAACUGCACAGUGGACAGCAUGGGCGAGGCGCAGGUCGAGAUCAUAUCGCUGACAAACGUCGCUCUCAACGGCUCCAUUCCGCCUGCCAUUUCGCAACUGACAUCUCUUGUUUCUCUGAACCUGAGUGGGAACGCCCUCACAGGAUCCAUUCCCGCAGCCAUCACCUCUCUCCCCCACCUCGCCUCGCUGGACCUCUCACACAACCAACUGAACGGCUCCAUUCCUGCUGGGAUCGCAACCAUGCCAUCCCUCCAUCUACUGUAUCUCAACGACAAUGAGCUGGCGGGUGUUCCCCAGGGCCUCGUACCAGCUCCCUCUGGCCUCACUCUCAGCCUCGCCAACAACCCGUACCUCUGUGGCACGGACGGUCUCCAAUCCUGCGACUCUGCUGCGGCCUCCGCCCCGCCCGGCACCUUUGAGGCCAUUCCGCUGCCCCCGCCGGCCCCCGCAUCCUCCUCGUCGAGUGGUGGGCUGAGCACGGGCGCGGUGGUGGGGAUUGUGAUUGCGGUGCUGUGCGGUGUGGCGCUGCUGGCGGCGGGAGGCGUGUUUGUGUGGCGGAGAAAGCAGCGCCGGCAUAUGGUGUUUUCAGACAGCGAGCUCAUGCACCAAAACAUGUUUCCAUACAGCAAGAGCAACACGCGUGGGUAUGACGAGGAUUCAAUCUCAGCAGGAUCUGGUUCGCCCUAUGUGCACGUGCUGUGA